AUUAUUACUGUCACCCAGGCUGUGCGUGCCUAGGCAGGGUGUCACAGAGCGGCACACCGGACCCUGACAGACACAGCCCGGGCUGUCCAUAGGUGUGUGUGUCCAUCCGGCCCUGGUGUGAGGGCGCAGCAUGGCCGAGCGGCACAGCGCAGUGCAGGCGGACGGCGAGCAGCAGGAGCCCGCGGAUGACACGGAAUUGGCUCUGGUGGGAAUCAACAUGCUCCUUAACAACGGCUUCAGGGAGUCCGACCAGCUCUUCAGGAAACACAGGAAUCAAAGUCCUUUAAUGAGUUUUGGAGCAAGUUUUGUCAGUUUCUUGAAUGCUAUGAUGACUUGUGAGGAAGAAAAAAUGCAACUAGCUUGCGAUGACUUGAAAAUGACCGAAAAGCUCUGUGAAAGCGAUGAAGGGGUUAUAGAGACCAUUAAGAGUAAGAUAAAAAAGAACGUUGACGUAAGAAAGUCGGCUCGGUCCAUGGUUGACCGGCUGCAGAGGCAGAUAAUUGUUGCAGACUGCCAGGUUUAUUUAGCUGUGCUUUCAUUUGUGAAGCAGGAGCUGUCAGCUUACAUAAAAGGUGGCUGGAUUCUACGCAAAGCCUGGAAAAUUUACAACAAAUGCUACGUGGACAUUAAUACGUUGCAGGAAAUGUGUCAGAAGAAGCAAUCUCAGGAACCAUUACCUUCUGACGCUGCCAAUGAUAACCACAUUGCUGCUGAAGGUGUGACCGAGGAGUCUGUUAACCGGCUGAAAGGUGCUGUGAGCUUUGGCUAUGGACUUUUUCACCUUUGCAUAUCCAUGGUGCCCCCAAACCUGCUCAAAAUCAUCAACUUGCUGGGUUUUCCAGGAGACCGUCUGCAGGGGCUAUCUUCACUGAUGUAUGCAAGUGAAAGUAAGGACAUGAAGGCACCUUUAGCUACGCUGGCGUUACUGUGGUAUCACACUGUUGUUCGCCCAUUCUUUGCACUGGAUGGCAGUGAUAACCAAGCAGGACUUAAAGAGGCAAAAGAGAUUCUUCAAAAGAAGGAAUCAGUCUACCCAAAUUCAUCAUUAUUUAUGUUCUUCAAGGGAAGAAUACAAAGAUUAGAGUGUCAAAUAAACAGUGCCUUGACCUCCUUUCACACUGCCCUGGAGCUGGCAACAGAUCAAAGGGAGAUACAGCAUGUCUGUCUGUAUGAAAUAGGCUGGUGUAGCAUGAUUGAAAUGAAUUUUAAGGAUGCCUUUCGAUCUUUCGAGAGACUCAAAAAUGAAUCGAGAUGGUCACAGUGCUAUUAUGCAUAUCUGACUGCAAUAUGCCAGGGAGCCACGGGAGACGUUGAUGGGGCACAAGAAGUGUUUAAAGAAGUACAGAAACUUUUCAAACGGAAAAAUAACCAGAUUGAACAGUUCUCUGUCAAAAAGGGUGACAAAUUUAGAAAACAAACUCCAACCAAAGAGCUGUGCAUCCUGGCUGCCAUCGAGGUUCUGUAUCUGUGGAAAGCUCUACCCAACUGUUCGCUGUCCAACCUCCAGCAUAUGAGUCAAGCGUGCCACGAAGUUUUGGAUCCUUCAGUUGUUGGCUUGAGGAAUUUACUUCUUGGUGCAAUCCACAAAUGUUUGGGAAAUUCAGAAGAUGCUGUUCAGUUCUUCCAGCGAGCGGUAAAGGAUGAACCGGGCCGUCAGCAGAACCUUUAUGUCCAGCCAUAUGCUUGUUAUGAACUUGGGUGUCUCUUGCUGGAGAAUCCGGAGACCGUAGCAAGAGGAAAAGCAUUACUUUUUCAAGCAAAGGAAGAAUACACAGGCUAUGACUUUGAGAACAGAUUGCAUGUACGGAUCCACGCAGCCUUAGCAUCUCUCAAAGAAGUAGUUCCUCAGUGACGGAGUGAGUGGAGUUUCUGGCUUCUGUAUACCACCUAUGUUUCUGCACUUUAACCCGAAGCAGAGAAUCCGAAUGGCUGAGCGUGGGUGAUACGGAUCAAUCCAUGGUUCCUACUAAAGCCAAUGGUGCCAGAGAGAUGAGACAUUAUACAGUAGUUGUAUACUUUGGGCUGAAACAGAGUACUUUAUUAUUAUUAUUUUUUUUUUUUAAAUCUGGGAAGAAGGAACUAAUUAUAAAUAACCUUAGAUACGAGAUACGAGAGACAUUUUGCAAAUUAAUGUGUUGAUGUGCAGUCUGGGAACACUUGUGGCCAAAGCAGCAGUUUGAAUUUAAACUGACCAUACUAUUAUUUGUUUAUAACCGUUUUUAUUUUUCUCGUAUUGCUGUAUAUCAAGCCAAAAACGUGAAAAAAAAUUCUCACCAAAAUAUGUCACCAUAAUGCUGAAAUAGUCACUACCGCUGCAUUAUGGGAUUUGGCAUACACCAGACCCUCAAGCACUGCUACGUAAUCAAUAACUGAUCCAGCAGACUUAAAACAUUACAUAACAUAAACUACAUUUGCCAUUAAUGUCAGUAAGUUGAACUGCUGCUUGGACACACAACUGGCCACCAAAGGGCCAUGACAAUCCAGCUCAUUGUAAAGCAAUAUGUUCACUGAAAUCUCUUCUCUUAAUGUCUUUACGUUCUUACUUAAGAAGGGGGUUUUACUUAUACUAUUUCAUUGUUGGAUACUGGGGAACCUUCAAACUCGCUCUGCACAAUGGAGAUCAAUGGGUCGAUUUGUCAAUUUAUUUUUAUUCCCCCAGCUGUCAAACAAAAUAUUAUAUAUUUUUUUUAAACUUAUUUUUUUCUCCCUGAUUUAUUAUUUCUGCACAGAAUUUAAUGAGACAUUGGUA